AUGCCACCGCCUAAGCCUUCAGGCGCACAAUUCCGCAAAAGGAAACAGAAAGAGAAGAGUGAAGAUGAGAAAGGUGCUAAAUUCAUGGCUAUGUUCUUGCAGAAGGAAAGUCCAGCAGCUAAUCAAAAUCAACAGAAUCUUUCUACUGAAACUGCACCAAAAGAUUCUGAAGCUUUUCGGGGCUCAUCAAAUAAAUUGUAUACACCAAAUAAUGGACUUUUUCUUGGGCUUAUCCAGCUUCUUGGCAAGUUUGAACCAGUAAUGCGAGAUCACUUAAAACGAGUUACCUCAAAAGAAGUCCAUGCACAUUACUGUGGAAAUCGGUGGUGUAUUAUUAGUGAUCAUGUCAAGCAUCUCACCCUGAAGAAAGUGUGUGCUACACGUUGGGAAUGUCGAGUCGAGAGCUUAAAAGCAGUAAGAUAUCAAUAUGUCGAAAUUCAUGAUGCUCUCUUAGACUUAGAAGAAAAUCUUGAUGAUCACACUCUUGCUUCAGAAGCAAGAUCUCUUUCUGCAAUGAUGGAGGACUUCAGCUUCAUUGUCACUCUUAUCAUAUGGUAUGAUCUUCUCUUUCAGGUACACAUUGUGAGUAAAUCCAUGCAGUCCAGAGACAUGGAAAUAACUCGUUGUAAUAAUUUGUUACAAAAUUGUACUGCAUUUGUCAAGAAAUUUCGGGAUUCUGGAUACGAAUCUGCAAAGAUUGCUGCCAUAGAAAUAGCCUUGGCCUUGGGCAUUGAAGCACAAUAUAUGACAAGAAAAAGACCUAGCAAGAAAAAAAGAUUGUUUACCUAUGAGAGUCAAGAUGAAACUAUUACUGAUGCAGAAGAGCAUUUCAAAAUAUCAGUUUUUUAUCCCUUGAUAGACAACAUGACUGUUUCAUUGGAAAGGCGUUUCUCCCAGCUAUCUAAACACAAUCAACUGUGGGGCUUUUUGUACAACAUUAUGAGUUUGCCAGAAAAAGAAACACUACAAAAUAUGUGCAAGACAUUAGAAGACAUUUUAACCCAGCCUACAGGGGUAGACCUUGAAGGGAAACAGAGUGACAUCGAUGGGCAACAAUUGUUUGAAGAGCUGAAACAAAUUCAGCCAAUGAUUUCCCAAUCUUCAAUUACACCUUUGGAAGUUUUGGAACUCAUAAAUUACACACAGUCACAUGAUCUUUACAGAAAUAUAUGGAUUGCAAUGAGGAUUUUGCUGACUAUUCCCAUUACCGUUGCAAGUAGUGAAAGGAGCUUCAGCAAACUUAAAUUGAUAAAAACAUAUCUACGUACCACAAUGACUGAUGAAAGGUUAUCAUCCCUUGCAAUUCUUUCCAUUGAAAGUGAACUAGCUGAAAAGCUAGACUAUUCAGCAGCUAUAGAUGCUUUUGCAGCUGCAAAGUCUAGAAAGGUGGAUUUUUCAUAA